AUGGCGUGUACCUUCUCACUUUUGGUCGGUGGAGAAUGCGGGGCUGAUCCAAAGUCAAAGACUGCGUCGCGUAAAAUCGUACCCUUGGUAUCAAGCUCAAAGAAUAUAUCGAGCCACAAAAAACAGCUUCAAUUCAGUGGCUGCGAAACGGAAACUGAGCUUAUUCUAGCCCGCAGUGGUUGUUUCCAAACGCCAGAAAAUAUCCACGACAUGACUAUCUGUCCGCUGCACCGCGUUAGUUUGGGUAUUGGGUGGCGAAGGUCUAAGCGGGUAUGCAGUGUUCCAGGCAAACUCUCUGGACACAGUGAAGAAUCCAAGAAAAAUGCCGAGCGGGGUUGUAGCUUGGCUCAGUCGAAGUACAUAUUGGAAGCCACUGGUAAUUUCAUUCCAGUUGGUUCAGGUAAAUACAAUCCUUCUUCUUUUGUAAUACUUGCGGGAGUAAAACAUUUGUUUAUAACGUAUGACGUCAUAUAACACAUCAAACAUAUCUCUGCCGUCGUUAAAAUGGUGAGUCAGUUCAGUUAGCUUGGCCUUGCCCGUUUUAUUGGAAUGGUUCGGCUAAUACCUUGGUUCCCUUUAAAAUUUCCGUUUUGUUAAUAUAUGAAGCCGGACUGACCCACUUGCAGAAAUCUCUCCUCAAGGCAACCAGUAUCUCGUCAGCCUGGUCUCUCAUAUAAACAUAGCAAAAAUUUUAUAAGGACACGGGGUAUAAGCCGAGCCAGCCGGAUAAAGCAGGCAAGCUGGGCUAAUCGGGCUGGCUCACUACACAUAAACAGGCCUUAAACCCUAUGUUCACACUAUGCAAGAUAUCUUUGUUCCGGCAAGAAAACCAAACCCGGGAUAGGGCUUUUGUUCACACUCAAGAACUGUGAUUUCGGCGCCAUUUCUGGAAAGGAUCCAAGCUGCGCCUUACCGAUUUCGAAGGGUAGCCUCGCAUAUAGUCUACGUAGUGGCGGUUUUUUGAUGUGUGUUUUUUUUCUUCUUUUGUGGUUCGCAAAGUAAGAAUUACAGCCCAGCGAUACGCUGAACCAAGGUCCAAAAAGAAAACGAUGAGAGAGGGGCGUGUGUAAAAAUGAUAAAUGGUGUAGCAAGAAAUCAGAAAUGCAAGUGCGGGUGAGAAAAUAUAAAAAGAGUGGGUUAACAUUUUUGUAAUUUUUUAUAUUUUUUUUUAGCGAUUUGUACUAAGUGUCGAAAGAACCUGACGAAACAAGCAAAUACCCCUGAAAGCAGUCUGCCACAAUCAGAUUUUGACGAACUUACAGAGCAUCUAGGUGAGCUUACUCUGGUAAGUAAGUAAGUAAGACAUUCUAUGAUUUAUGUCUACAAACUACAAAGAUCUUUCCUUGUAAUAUUAGAAACCGUACGCAGCUAGUUUGAAUCCAAUUUUGAGUACGUUCAAACUGUUUUAUGUUUGUACUGACAACAACGAAACUGGAAGAAGAAGUAUUUUGGGGUCUUACUUCAGACUUUUUAAUUUUUUUUUUUUUAAUUUUGUGAAAUUUUAGGCAGAAACUGCAGCAGCCCAAGUAAUUCAUGUUGAUGAAAGAAGAGAGAGUAUAUUCAUCCCAGAAUCGGAUUUGGAAGGUUCUGAUUUUGAGAACACACCGCAUAGAAGCCAAGUAGACGCGGCAAAAAGCCUUUAA